GUUGGCUUUGAAGGCGGGUCCUCAACCGGCGUGGGCGCGCAGGGCGCGUCCUUCAGAGCGACGUCGGCCCGCCCACGCCUACGCCAUGGCUGCCCGGUUUGUUCUGCGGCGGGGUCAAGCUGAGGCGCUGAAGACUGUGCUCCUGGAAGGGUUGGUGCUCCGAGGACUUGCUUCAACCGUGUCUCUCUCUGCACAGUCAGGGAAGAAUGGAAAGGAUCUGCCGUCAAAUCCCAAGAAACAAAGUCCGCCAAAAAAUGUAGAGAAACCAAAGGAGAAGGGCAAGCUACUAACCACCCACCCAGCAGCCCCGGUGCCCCCCGGCUUGUCUCCAAGUGCUUCCUCCCCGGCAGCUGGGAACAGAGGCAGGGCAGUGGCUGGCACUCACCCUGGUGGCAGGGGCAGCAAGUUGCCCACGGAGGAAGGGCUCCUGAAAGCUUUGGCGAGAAAGACUUUGGUAGCAUUUCCUCAAAAGGUUCCAUCUCCACUCGGAGUGCAGGGUCUGGGUGCAGAGGCUCAUGGGGGUGCCCGGAAGGAGACAGAUGAUUCAUCCUCAUCCUCAUCCUCAUCCAGCUCCCCGUCUUCGGACUCAGAGUCUGACGAGGAGUGGGAUGUCCCGAAGGCUAGACCCCGAGUAGGGAGCAGAGGCCAGGGAGGGUCUCUAACCCCAGAGGACACCCGGCCCUCUGAGAACAGAGCCCCCGGAGUCACAGUGUCCGCCAAAGAGCAGAGCAGGGUGCAGAAGCCACACACAGAUGUCACCUACCCAGAGAGGGCCUCUCAGCCAAAGAAGAAAAGGAACCCCCCCAUGCCUUUAGAGAGCAGAGAAGAGGCCGUACCAGAAUUCAUGACACCCAGAUCCCAAGCCGAGGGCGAGGCUUUGAAGCAGAAGGCAAAGGUUGAGCGAUGGCAGAAAACUCACAGACCGAAGGAGAUGGAGAAAGGAAGCCAGAAGCCCCUAGGAGUGGGAGGAAUCUCCCCUGACCGCACAGAGGCCAGGAUUUCCACACAGCUAAGAGGCCGCCUGGUGCCCACACCGAACACCCAGGAGGCUUCCUGCCCUGGGGCCCAGGUACCAGAGCCUGAUGGAAAGCUGGCUUUACCCUGGGUCCAAGAAGAAAAGACUGGGAAGCCAGCCGGAGGAGGACACUCAGAGGCCAAGGGGAUCUUGGAAGAUCAGGGAAGUGUGAGAAGUUCGAAGCCAGUUGCUGUUCAGGAGGAAGUGGCUCAGACCACAGGCCUGAAGCCAGAGGAGGGACCAGCCCCGCCCCUGGAGGCCCCAGGCGACACACAGGAGUCCGCCCCGGCCCAUGCAGCCGCCGAGCCAUUCGACAACACCACCUACAGGAACCUGCAGCACCACGACUACAACGCCUACACCUUCCUGGACCUGAACCUGGACCUCUCGAGGUUCAGGCUGCCCCAGCCCUCGUCCGGAAGGGAGUCCCCUCGGCACUGAGCGCCUCAGCCUCUGUCCGCUCUCUUCCUGCCUGCAGAAAUAAAGUUGCUCCAGAGUCGCAGCGUCCAACCCAUGUCGUGGACCUCCCUCAUGUCCGCACCUGUGUGCUGAGCACUUGCUGCUAUACGGUGUGCACUUAGGAACACCCAUGUGUGCAAGGGGCCGGCUCCGAGCAAAGCUGUGGCCAGCAGGGAAAGUCCUUGAAGUUAGUGUUGGGUGUGAAAGCUCCCAGGGACUGAGAGGAGUAGGUGUGGGGUGACGUAGCAGUGACUUCUCAGGUCUGGGCUUUGGUGGCUUGGAGGUGCGAGUUUCACUACUUAUAACUACUGCAUUACCAAGAAAUGCAGGUACUAGAGGAUUUUAUCUGAAAGGGGCAGGCUUGUUUUGUUGACUCCAUCAGGUGUCUGAUGCCAACUUGGAGGAAACUUAGUGUCAAGGUGAAGACAGAUGCAUGUUUCGUGCCCCCGGAACAGCUAUAUCUCAGCCUGAGCCGGUUUCUGGUGGUAACCUGGCUGUCUCAGGGCGCCGUGGGUGCUUCGUGCGUCCCCCAGACCCUUGGCACCUGCACCCGCGGGGACCAGUGUGGGUGAGAGCCGAGACAUGUCCCUGUCACCAGAAGCAGUGUGCCAGGCCCCAGAGGGGAUGUGUGACGUCCGAUCAGUGUUGGCUUUCCUUACGUGCUUGUUAGGGCCACACUCUAACUUAAGGUUUAUGUCAUUUGUGUUCCAGUCCUGGGCCUCAGCCCCCAGCCACUCAGUACAGCACAUCGGUAAGUUCAGUUUCAGGGUUCGGUGACCCUACUUUUCUGAAGCUUAGAGAACCAGUGUUGCUUCUGAUUCUGUAGGCGCCCAAGAGGCUUAGCAACUCAGGCCCUGCUAAUCACAUUUUAGCGUAGAGGCAGUAGAACCACAUUCCCAGAGAGGACUGGAGAGUACUGCAGACCCACGCGCUGGCCCACCUUGGCGACAUCCCCUUGCCUGGUGGCCGGAGCUGCAGGUUGACAACUUUCCUACAUCUCAGGCGGGUGGGCAGUGCCAUGCUCGUGCUGUUUGUGUUCUUUUCAAAGCUAGUUUCUGAGAUCUGGGGUGUCCCUGUGGGUUGUGGCCGCAGGGUGUGAGUAAGUAGGAAUGUAAGACUUAAGUCUCACUUUUACUCCUGGAGCGUGAACAGCCAAGAGGAUUUCACGAUGC